CCCGCCAGAAGCCAUCUGACCUCCCGACGUCCACAUGUCUACCUUCGGUACUCUCUUCCGCGUCACCACCUACGGCGAAAGCCACUGCGCUUCCGUCGGCGCCAUCGUCGAUGGAUGCCCUCCUGGUCUUCAACUCUCCGCCGAAGAUGUUCAGGUUCAGCUCAGCCGUAGACGUCCCGGCCAGAGCAACCUCACCACUCCUCGUAACGAGAAGGACGCCGUCCAUAUCCAAAGCGGUAUCGAGCACGGCGUCACUCUAGGCACACCCAUUGGUCUCCUUGUCAAGAACGAGGAUCAGCGUCCUCAUGACUACUCUGAGACCGAUCUUUACCCUCGUCCCAGCCAUGCCGAUUACACCUACCUCCAAAAAUACGGUGUCAAGGCUAGCAGCGGUGGUGGCCGUAGUAGCGCCCGCGAGACCAUCGGUCGUGUCGCUGCCGGAGCGAUCGCGGAGCGUUAUCUGAAGGAGGUCUAUGGUGUUGAGAUUGUUGCCUUUGUCUCUUCCGUAGGCAAGGUUCACCUUCCCGCGACCGUUGCUCCCCCAUCGCUCAUUCCCAACGACGGAAACGAGGACAAUGAUGAAGCUGAGGACGCACUCUCACCAGAGUUCAGGCAGCUUCUUGCUACGAUUACGCGUGAGGAAGUUGACAAGCACCCGACGCGCUGCCCGCACCUCGAAACGGGAGAGCGUAUGACCAAGCGUAUCCUGCGGGCCAAGGACGCGAGCGAUUCGAUCGGCGGUACCGUGACCUGUGUUAUCCGCAAUGUCCCGUCUGGGCUUGGUGAGCCGGUGUUCGACAAGUUUGAGGCCAAGCUCGGCCAUGCCAUGCUGUCGAUCCCCGCGACCAAGGCGUUCGAGAUCGGGUCUGGCUUCCGCGGUACUGAAGUGCCAGGCAGUCGGCACAACGAUGCAUUCGUGAAGAAGGAAGACGGCAGCCUCGGCACGGCAACCAAUUGGAGUGGAGGCGUCCAGGGCGGGAUCACCAACGGCGAGGAUAUCUACUUCCGGAUCGGCUUCAAGUCGCCCGCCACGAUCUCACAGGCCCAGGCGACCGCUCAGUACGACGGCACCCCAGGCGAGCUCGCUGCUCGGGGCCGUCACGACCCGUGUGUCGUCCCCCGCGCCGUUCCCAUCGUGGAGGCCAUGGCUGCUCUCGUCGUCAUGGAUCAGCUGCUUAUCCAGGGCGCACGUCGCAGCGCUGCUGCUGGUCUUCCCCCCGUCACGACCCUCCCGCCAACCAUGGUUAUGCCGCCCCAGUAGACGUUUGACUGCCUCCGAUGGAACGGGUGCUAGGGCUGGUUCCUUUUUUCUACGUGUGGCUGUCUCUGCCGUCCCUCUCUCACCAUCGAAUGGAUUCCCAAGUGAUUGCCUUCCCUAUAGAUUAGUGUAUAUGAACGUGAGCACGGGUGUAAUGUUAUAGAUAUUUGUUGAAUCAAACUCAACAGCGGAGUAACUCGUCCGCGUUGUCC